UCUGUCAAAAAAAGUUGUGGAUGGAACCAAAACUCGUAAAGUGAAGUCCAGUCAUCUCCUGCGUAUCGAGGAGCACGACUUCACCCUGAGGCCCACCUUCGCAGGUCCCGCUGUUCCUGUGGGCGUGGACGUCCAGGUGGAGAGUUUGGACAGCAUCUCUGAGGUGGACAUGGACUUCACCAUGACGCUGUAUCUGAGACACUACUGGAAGGACGAGAGACUUGCUUUCCCGAGCGCCACCAACAAGAGCAUGACGUUUGACGGCCGCCUGGUGAAGAAGAUCUGGGUGCCUGACGUGUUCUUUGUCCACUCCAAAAGAUCCUUCAUCCACGACACCACCACCGACAACAUCAUGCUGCGCGUGUUCCCUGACGGACACGUCCUCUACAGCCUGAGGGUCACGGUUACCGCCGCUUGCAACAUGGACUUCAGCCGAUUCCCGCUGGACUCGCAGACGUGCACGCUGGAGCUGGAGAGCUACGCGUACACGGAGGAGGACCUGAUGCUUUACUGGAAAAGUGGUGACGAGUCUCUGAGCACAGACGACAGGAUUUCUCUGUCACAGUUCCUCAUCCAGAAGUUCCACACAACCUCCAGGCUGGCGUUCUACAGCAGCACAGGUUGGUACAACCGUCUGUACAUCAACUUCACUCUGCGGCGGCACAUCUUCUUCUUCCUGCUGCAGACCUACUUUCCCGCCACGCUGAUGGUCAUGCUGUCCUGGGUGUCCUUCUGGAUCGACCGCCGAGCCGUCCCCGCCAGAGUCUCACUAGGUAUCACCACGGUGCUCACCAUGUCCACCAUCAUCACCGGGGUCAACGCCUCCAUGCCCAGGGUUUCCUACAUCAAAGCCGUGGAUAUUUACCUCUGGGUCAGCUUCGUUUUUGUCUUCUUAUCAGUGCUAGAAUACGCUGCUGUCAACUACCUGACCACGCUCCGGGACGGGAAAGAUCGGAAGCUCCGGGAAAAAAUCAGGGAGCAGUCCCAGGGUCUGCCCUGCACCUGCGGCAUGUCCCACACCAGGACCAUGAUGUUGGACGGGACCUAUAGUGAGGCGGACUCCAACAGCCUGGCGGGAUAUACGCGGGCGUCCACUGUGGCCGAGGACUCGUCAGAAAAACAAGAGCGAAUGGUGGUGCAUCUGUCGCUGGACAGCGAGUCCACUGGGACCAAGAAAAAGAGCAACCGUGGCUUCCGGAUCAUCCAGAACACCCACACCAUCGACACCUACUCACGCAUGAUCUUCCCUGGUGCCUACAUCCUGUUUAACCUGAUCUACUGGUGCGUGUACUGCUGAGGAGGAGACCUUCUCAUCCACGUCUGCAGUUUGUU